AUUCUUUUCUAGUCUGAUUCACUUGUGAUUUCUUCUGGUCCCCAUCCAAAUACACAAGAAGAAAUGGCUUUAAAUGGAGUCCCGAUGUUAGGAUUUUUCUUCAUGGCUGUCCUGAUGAGCCUUCAGGAGUCAUGGGCUAUCAAAGAGGAACAUACCAUCAUCCAGGCGGAGUUCUAUCUGUCACCUGACCAAUCAGGAGAGUUUAUGUUUGAUUUUGAUGGAGAUGAGAUUUUUCAUGUGGAUUUGGGAAAGCAGGAGACAGUAUGGAGGCUAAAAGAAUUUGGACAGUUUGCCAGCUUUGAGGCUCAGGGUGCCUUGGCCAAUAUAGCUGUGGACAAAGCCAACCUGGACAUCAUGAUAAAGCGCUCCAACCACACUCCAAAUACCAACGUUCCUCCAGAAGUGACUGUGCUCUCUGACAGCCCCGUGGAACUGGGGGAGCCUAAUGUCCUCAUUUGUUUCAUCGACAAAUUCUCCCCUCCUGUGGUCAAUGUCACCUGGCUUCGAAAUGGACAACCUGUCACCACAGGAGUGUCAGAAACAGUCUUCCUACCCAGGAAAGACCAUCUUUUCCGCAAAUUCCACUAUCUCCCCUUCGUGCCCUCCAAUGAAGAUGUCUAUGACUGCAAGGUGGAGCACUGGGGCUUUGAUGAACCUCUUCUCAAGCACUGGGAGUUUGAUGAGCGAAGUCCUCUCCCAGAAACUACAGAGAAUGUGGUGUGUGCCCUGGGCCUGAUUGUGGGUCUGGUGGGCAUCAUUACUGGAACUGUCUUCAUCAUCAAGGGUGUACACAGAGGCAAUGCUUCACAACGACGAGGCCCUCUGUGAGACACAUGGAGGUAACACCCUUUCUUAGAGAAAAGAUGAAUGAAGAAAUUUCUGCUUCAAGUAUGAUAUAUUUGACACAUUAUAAGAACUUUUGUUAAUGCCACAACGUACCCCCACCCAGCACAACAAUAAAAAAAAAAUUAAAAACCAAAAAGCUUUCUGAAGCUGGCAAUAUUCCAAUUGUUCACCUCAGUGAAAAUAGCCAUCCUCGGUACUUCCCAGACCCAGACAUCAGGAGUGGUGAUGCUUUCCCCAGUCUCUCUGUGUCCUAACAUCCAGCUGAGCUUCACUGUCUAUUACUCCUUCCUGCAUAUGUUUUCCCUCUAUUUCCAAUCAUUUUAUUAUCACCAUUCAGUUCCUCUGGGAUAAAUCCCAUAGGACUCUGUCUCUGUUAUGGAACUUUCUGAACAUUGCAUGGAGACAAUCUUCUGUGUGCUUAGUGCUUAAGAGUUCUCCAACUAUGAUUUUUCUACAUACAAUAAACUAUUUUGUGGUGGAGUUUUCAGUGGCUGAGUCAG